CAUAUUAAAGACGGACCGGUUUGGAGUUAUCAAAGAUGGCCGCUUCCUUUCCUUCUAGUUGUCAUUAAUCAUCUAAAUUGGGAAUGCUCAUGUUCUAGCCUUUUUUCACGAUGGCAGCAGAAGCAGACUUCCUACUUAGAUACAGGGCUGUAUCUAACAAGCUCAAAAAGAGAUUCUUACGCAAGCCUAAUGUUGCGGAGGCUGGUGAGCAGUUUGGUCAUCUGGCUAAGGAGCUUAAGCAGCAAGACUGUCUGCAGUAUGCAGGCUUCUGCAACCUCGCCAUGGCACGCUGCGAACAGACCUUGUUCAAUGCUCCUGGGGAAGCCAUGGCUCUAACAGAAGCAGCCCGCCUUUUCUUGCAUGCUGAGAAGGAGACACACAAGCUCCAGUGUCCCAGCUUUGAGGAGCAUCUACAGGCUGCCAUAAAUUGCUAUGGGUUUGCUAUUAAGGUGUACAUUGAACUAAACCAGCCUGUAAUGGCAGCCAGCUUGUGCUUAGAGGUGGCCAAUGCACUAAAGGAGAUGAAUAAGCCAGGAGAAGCCAUGGUGUAUUUCCAGAGAGCUGCUGAACUUCAGUCCCAAGUCCCCAUAGAGUGUUUGCUGUCCCUGGGAAAUGUAGCUUCUUGCAAGAUCAUGACACGUGAUUAUGAUGGGGCCUUAGCAGUCUUUACAGAAACCCAGCUGUUGGCACAGGAGAAGGGUCUUCAUGUACCUGGUAGCAGCACCCCUGUGGGGGCUUUCUUAGAUGUCAUCGUUAGAUGUGAAAUCUCGCGUGUGUUGCUGCUGAUGCUGUUGCAGCCUCCACCCCAGAAACUACUACCAGAGCAUGCCCAGACACUGGAGAAAUAUGACUGGGAAUCCUUUGACUGCCAUAGUCAAGUGAAUUACCUUCCAGAAAAUGUGUUCCUCCUCUUGCAGUCUGUGGUGAUGGCUUGUCAAGAAAAGGACAUUGAAUCACUAAAAGUCUUGCAAGUGGAACUGUGGCCACUGCUGACUUCAGAGCAGAAUCAUCUUCUUCAUCUUGUGCUGCAGGAAAUGAUUUCUCCAUCAGGACUGGGGGUCUGAUGCUGAAACUUAAUUAGAUGUUACUUUUCUUCACCAGCAGAGACAUCUGUCCAAUGAUUUCUGGAUUCCCAGUUCACUGUCUGUCUGUCUUUGUUCAUCCUCUACAUUGUUACCUAGGUGUUAAAGAGGAUUUUGAUUUUCGUGAUGAAGCAGAAAGUACAUGGGACAGGAUUAUUCUUGGAAAUGGACUUUAGUGUGGUCAUUCAAACAACCUUGAAGCCAUCUGUAAACAUUCUGAUGUUACAAACCAUUAUCAAGUUUUACUGUGUAGUAUGUUGGUAAUAAUGAGGCUGUAGUGUAAUAGAUGUGACGUUAACAUUUGCAGAUAUUCCUUUUUCAGAUUUUCAUGUUAUUUAGUAUUAUACGUAUCCAUUUCCACUGUGCCCUUUGUUUCAGAAUCAUGGUCACUGUCUUCACUCACUCUGGAUUGUUCUCUUUAUUAGAUAGGUUAUGUGAUUUAUGUGGCCUUCGUGUUCAUCUUUCGAAUAAUGGGCUUUGAUGGCCACAUGCAUUGAAUUAUGAUGCCAACUUCCAGUAGAGAGCCCUCUGCAAUCCAAGGUAAAAGAUAUAUAUGUGCAUAAUUCAGAUGUUGUUAUAAAAUGUACAUCUUGAAUAGCUCUGAUUUUAAUCAGCAUUAAUAAUAAAAGGAAAAUAUAUGGCAUUUAUGUUAGAUCAAGACUUCAGUUUAAACAGGUAAGAUGUUAUAACUGUGUCAUCUUAUCAAAAGAAAUUCCUUCUGUAGAUAGACCGGAGUGAAAAGCUUUAUCAAUGUCUGGUUAAAAUAUCAUGACAUGGUAUCUGAAACAGAAAAAAAACCUCGAGGUAACUACAAAAUGUAGAUAGUAUUGUUAAUGUAACAAAGUCCAUAUCUGUUUAUAAACCGUAGUUUACAGUUUAGACAUUCCUGAAAUUAUAUUAGAACCUCAUUUUGGUUUGUGGAGUUAUGUCUUGCUUUGUAGAAGAUAAUCCUAAGACUUAAUUGCCAUCUUUGAUGUGUUUCCCAGGUUAUAGCUUUUUUUUCGGGGGGUGGGUUGGGGUAUUGGCUUCCCACAGCAAGCCGUUAAUUACUCCUGGCACCGGUCUUUGUUUACCAGGUCUGUGGAAUCCACUUAUCCUCCCUGGACUAACUCCAUCUAUGUUUGGGGCCAGUGAGGAGAUUGAGGCAUCCAGUGGUAGCAUCAUACUGCUGCUAAGAGAGCAUUUUUCCCUUAAUGUCUAAUCCUACCCCUUGCACAUACAUAUACUGCUCAAGGACUUUGCAUGUAAUGGGUUUUGUGGCACAUCAUCCACAGCACUACAUGCAACUCGGCAAUAACCAUGUCCUGCUUAUAGACAUCCCACCUCAUGUAUCCCCAUUUUCCACCAUGAGUCAACCACAGAGGUGUGUCUAAGAAUAUGCUCUUACAUAGCUCUCUCCUAAGAUGGGCAAGCCAAAGUAAACCACAUAAACACAUCCAUCCCGUCCAGCUCCUACUGAACUUCAUAUCCUACCUAACAGGGUGGGGUUUGAGGUUCAUCUGUGGCUGUUCAAGCAGCCUCUUCCAUGGGAAAUGUUGUUGUCUUUCCACCAAUGGAAUUUUCUUUUCCUUUAGGAGUUUUGAACUAUGUGUCCAACAGACUUGCCUGGCUGCUAUUGGACUCAUGGCCCAGGAGUAUAAAAAUUCAUCUCCAGGUGUAUACCCUUCCUUGUAGCCAUGCAUUUUCCUCCUAUCCCUGUCCUCUGGACUUUCACUGGGGUUCAUUUUCCACAUCUCAUAGGGAGUGACUUCUUCUCACUCCUUCUGAAGACAUAGUAUCUGUCACUGGGUAUGUGUGGUAUCCUCUCCUGAGGGAAGGUUUCCAUAGAACUUCUAGUUUAUUUCCUGGUACCUUAGGACUCAGAAUUCUACAUUUGUCUCUGCCCAUUUAAGGACAGGACAGUCUGGUCCUCUGUCCAGUUGGCAUUUUAUCUUCUUGCUCUGACUGUAGCCUUGUCCCCUCCUGUUUAGGAGUAACUGCUGUCAGUGCUUGCAUGGUCUGCCCUUAGCAGCAUAUAUCACUGUAACCUUUGAGAUGAUGAUGCUCCAUUGCUAUUCAACUUUUUCUACCUGCAGCUACAAUAUCCGACUUUGUGGCUAGGUGUUCUGGCAGCACGCUGUCUUGCAAUUCAUCCUGAUAUGGUUCUCUUGCUUCCAACUUCCUGGUGAUUUUACUUCUUUGGAUUCACCCCAAGUGUAGGACCAAACAAAUAGGGUCAUUAUUAUUAGAUGUAAAAUAUUGUGCCAGUUACUCUACAAAGACGGGCCCUCCUUGAUGGGUCAGGAAUAUACUCCCAUUGGUCAGAAGUAAGAGAAAUUUUUCCAUCUAACCUUUGCUUUUACAUUUCCAUGCAAGUUGGGCAAUUAUAUACUUGUAUUGUAUUUGGUUGAAAAGAGAGCACCUGACUGCAUUAUCAUUUGUAUAUGAUGCUGUUACUAGUAGAAGAGGCAAACUGGCAGAUGCAAGGAGCAUGCUGGCUUCUGUAAUCGAAGUGUGACUUUUAAUGCUUCAUCGUAUGUCUGUUCUUAGCAUGGGAGUCUUGUAAAAGAUGCUCGGUGCUGAUUGAUGGUGAGCUUAUAAACCCACCCAUAGUAGGGCCAGUCAGAGUAUCCUGUUCCUCGAGCAAUUGAUGUGGUAAGAAUGAAUUUAUUUCUUGCGGAGUACCUGUUUAUAUCCCUUUACACACACAGUGGUACAUCAGUGACUGGAUUUGAGAACUGGUAAGAAUGCGUAACAGUUUUUUUUUCUUUUACAUUGUUACUGUGACUAUUGUAUUAUUGUUAAACUGUGCAGACAUGUUUCAUAUGGAUAGUGGAUGUAGUACAGACCCUAAGGCCUCAUUGCAAUGCUUUUAGUUUCACAAUGCAAAGCCUGACAGUACCAGGAAGUUAAAUUUAACUGUGUGUAUAUCACCAUUUAGAAGGCUCAUCAGCUGUUCUGACUUCAAUAAAGUACAGGCUGAACUUGA